GUGCUUGAAAUGGCUCCAAUAGACAGUAAUAAAUCACAGCCUGAAGAUGGAGUUUCUUUUUCCUUCCCGGUACUGGUUUCUCAAGUAGAGCUAUUCAGAUGGAUCCCUUGUCUAUCACCACUGGCAUAGCUGGAUUAAUUUCGCUAGGCCUUCCGGUAUCUAGUGGACUCAUUCAAUACUGCAAGGUGUACCGGUCUCAGCAUAAAGACAUUGAUCAAUUGACGUAGCAUACACAAGAGCUCGAAUCAUUUCUCAAUCUGACCAAGACUCUAAACUUCGAGCCACAUAUGGACGUCUUCGACUCCCUCCAAAGGUGCCGAGAUGCUUGCUUACAUGAUUUCAAACAGCUCAAGACGAAGUAUUUCAGCGAACAAGCUAACAGGAGCAUCAGUGACCAUGGCCGAAAUAUGGUUCGCAAACUAAAGUACUCUUUUAACAGAGAGGAAUUUGAGAACCUGCAGCGUCGGCUUCAAGAAUUCCAUAUUCUAUUGAUUGGAUACUUGCAGUUAAUCGGCCUUGACGCUACGCGGGACAUACAAAGUGUGGUGCUAUCCGAAUCUACCAAGGUAUCCGUGGCUAUCGAAUCAACACGAGCACAACUUCAGUCCUCUAUUUCAGACGCUGGACAGGUAGUAACCGGUGCAAUACACAAUGGAAUGACACGGCUGGAGUCAACAUUCCAAGGCAGCUUUCGAGAUAUCACCGAUCGGCUCGAAGAGAUCCAAGGACGGUAUGCCUCAGAAUUGAUGAGCAAUCUGGACCGUUGGUUUAAAGGGCAGACCGAAGACUCUUCUCUUUAUCGCCAAACAUUCAAUAGGCUGGCUGCAAGCUACAAUAUGAAUGCUAGUAGGAUAUCCAUUAAUACGUCGGAUCGAAAUAUUAUGGACUUAGGCCCGUUUUACGGUAGUCUUAGAGUAUCACCGACAAUACAUCACCCAGGGGGGCCUCAAUAUUGGUCCACCAAACGCAAGAAGUACCAAUUCUCCGUACGGUUUAAAGUUUUCAGAAGACUCCUCACAGCUUCCUUAGGAGCUGAAUGUUCUUCGCUACUAAGGAUGCGCAUCUUGCAAAUAUACCAUAACCUCAUAGUUUGCACCACAGUACCAAAUAACUCCCCCGCGUUUAUGGUAGUACGCAGGAUCUAUAUUCGCCGUGACUGCCCCGGAAUACAAGACUUCAAGACUUUGUUGGAUGAUGGCUUAAUCGAAUUGCAACAAAUUUUUGAUAGUGGGAAAGGGUGGCCGACUGACAUCAAUUCGACCGGGGUGAGCUUGCUACACCAUGUUGCGAAAUUCUGCACCGAUUCGGGACAAAAUUUAUGGCAUUUCUCCCGAUUCGUUCGCGAAUUGAUAAACAUGGGGCUACCACUAGUCGAGGACGUAGGCGAGUCGGGGCAUACCUGGGACUGUUGGCACACCCGGGACCAUCUUCUGGAACUCUUUUUACGAAGCCACUAUAGGAAUCGCGAUUUGAAUGUCAACUGUAUGAUCGAUGACCUUUUGGGAGCGGGCGCUCAUAUCAACGAGAUGUCUUGGUGUGUGGUUGUCUCGAUACUGUCGUUGGAAAAUUCCGGUCUCUACCAUUUUUUAUCAUCCACCCAGUUCCAUGACCAAGUGCUGCUUCGCUCAGAGAGCGAAGUUAUUCGUCUUUUAAACCGAGACCACUCUCUACUAUACCAACGCAACGAACAUGGUCAAACGGCAUUCCACCUAGCUACAAAUUGGCCUAGAGGGCUUGAAAUCCUGAUUCAAUUCGCGGAUAAGGAAACCGACUCUUUAAUUAACAUUAGAGAUAAUCUCGGAUUCUUCCUUCACACUAUCGGCUACAGCGCUCUUGAUUAUUCUAUCGAAUUAAGAAAUGUUGAUUCCGUUAGGUUACUGCUUCGUGAAGGGGCAGGUAUCAGCACAAAAACAUUUCGUCGUCUGAGCAGGCCGAAACUCACGAUAGAAAUCGAAGAGAUCGAGUCUACGGUAGCGAAAAGUCUCGUGAGUCAACGCAUAAAUUUGUCACAACUGGCCUUGGAUGAAAUCCCUGCUGGUGUGGCUGACGAUCUUGGCUUGAAUGGAGUUGCUCUCCUCGAUGAUAAGGCCUUUAACGUCGCAGAAGCUCUCAGGCACCAGGGAGUUCGGCUUCGCACUAAAUCCGACGACCUCGCUCCGGUAUCUGUCUACCACUGGCACGGACUUAAUGCUUCGAUAUCUCAGAAGCUAUUCGAUGCAGGUUUCCGCGACCCGAAUGUAGCUUAUCAAGGCCACAGCCCACUGGUGGUACAUGCAGCCUAUUAUCGUAAGUAUGAUGAUCCUCAGCUCUUCCAACUUUAUUAUUGGUUCAAGGAACACGGGGCUGAUAUAUACGCCCCUGUUCCGGUGCACAAUAAUCGCACCCCCGAAGUCGACGACUAUCCAGAAGAAAGCCGGCCGUAUUCUAUCUACCCAGUGACUCAUCUCAUAGCCGACAACCUAGGCUAUGCUUCCUUAAGGGACGUGCUUUCGAAUUCACCUAAUAGGAUAUUGUUACCACUUAGUAAUCCAGCCCCUGGAUUGCUAAGUUUGCUUUGGGACGAAACGCACGAUCCUUGCCUCUGCUAUUGUACGAUUGGCGGAUGUACUUCAGCCUCGAAAUAUGCGUAUGGAGGUUUUGUCUACAGAGGUUCUCCAUCUAGGUUAACCAAACUUGAGGAGAAACUUAAAUGUAUGACACAUUGGCUAGGUGAGAUGACAAUGCGCGAUCAUGAAAGUUGUAGGGUGGCGAUGGACUUGAUUCGUGUGAUCACGUUCGAAACGCUCAAUAUGACACACACUUGUUGCCAUUGUGGACAUGAACCUCGGGUCGACGAUAAUUUCGCAGAAAUACCUGGAAUGGUUCAUUUGGAAGAGCCAGAAGAGGUUGAGGAAAUACGGGAGGAAGAAAAGCACCUCGCAGAACUUCUAGGAAAGCUCAUGGGGGAAUUCGAAUCCAAAUUCCGGGAGUUGGAUGUACCUUUUGGCUGUUUCGUAGAAGAAUAUUUCUUUCCAAGAAUAAAGGAAAUCGAGAAGGAGAAAGACAAGCUAUCGGUGGAGACAACCAGCGCGAUGCGGAAGAUUGGAGUCGUGCUUCAUGAAACAUGAAAUUUCUUGGAGAAAAGGCAUACAAAAUCCAUUCUAAUAAUGCUUUAAAUGCCACCUAUUUUCUCAGUCGUGAAGCGGGCGGACAUAAUUCUAACGAUACUGUUUUUAUAAUCUCAACUAUUUAAAGUAAAUUAUGUACAUAUCCGUAUGAAGAUCUAAUGAUUAAAUCUAUGUCGACGUCGUCGACGUUUAUUUUUAGAUCCGAUGUGGUAUGGAUAUUAGGUACCGUAAGGGUACUUUCAGCGGUCC